UGGGUCCUGUCUUCAACAAGUACACUUGUCUUAUCUUCAUUGUAGCUCUUGAAGAUUCAAUUUUAAAAGAGCAUGGUGAAGGGCUUGAAUCUAUUAAAAAGUACUUCAGUAGGCAUCUAUACCAGUUAGAAUAUUCUCCAUGGCUGAAACUAAUGUUAUUGAAGAUGAUGAUAGGUGGUUUGCAGAUUUGGCUGACCAGAUUGCACUCAUGAUGAAUAUGGAUGAUGAGGAGGAGGAGAAACAACAGACAACAUCAGAGCCUGAGAGCUUAUGUGGUCCUUACAAGAUGGUAAUCUGGAAAGAAACUGCAAAAGGGGAAGUUCAAUUAUUGACAAUACUUCUCAGCAUGGCUGCCAUACUCCUCCUCGGGUUCUCUACAAUGAUUCACAUGCCCCAGGCCAGAGAGAACUGGUUGCAGGAGGAAUUCAAACUCCAACAGACUUGAGGAUUAUGCAUCAGAUCUUACCUAUUGAAGUUAUAAAUCUGGGUAUCUGGAAUCAGCAAUACUGCAGAUAUGUUGAUGGAAAUUUAAUUCCUAUUGAAAUUGCCAACAGAGGAAUGAUCGUUCAGAGAGAGUGCCUUGGAACAGGAGUCUUCAUUCCCCGUUCUUUUCAGAAUUUUAAAUCCAAAUCACAAAAAAACAGAGGAUACCAUAGCUCUAGGUCAGAUAGUCUCCAUAACCCUAAAAAUGCCAGUUUUAAUUCAGGCAAAUCAACGGUGUAAUUUAAAUUUCUGGCAUCUCUGGGCCAAUGUAAAGUUAUUGUAAUAACAUCUGAGAAAGCACUCAGAAGGCCCUUUAAUCGGUAGGGCUGUUGUCUAGAUGUACAUAUUAACCUUCACAUAUUAAUCAAAUAGGUUAAUCCAUUCAGUUUUUAGUUUA